AGAGAGAGAGAGACAGAAAGAGAGAGAGAGAGCUCUCUCACUCUCCGUCUCUCGCUCAGUUGACAACAAGACAGUGAGCGGGAAUCCUGAAUCCCUCGGAUGACCUGGAGCACUGGAUUUUGAAGAGCUUGAAUGGCCUGCGGUUGGAUGACCAUGCCACAGAUACAUGUCAGCACCGAUCACACAGGCACACAUGUGGCCCUGCAUCGUAAGCUGUGGCUGUGACCGUGUUAUCAAGGAAAUUCCUGGAUCCCCCAGGGUCACCUCCGUGGGUUUUCUAUCUGCACAAGCUUCUGUUUCCACAUCGCGGACACACAAAGCCAAUCUGUAUGGACGUGCAGUCCCAGUAACUCAAGAGGUCCCUGGAUUGCGGUACCGUUGUCGAGCAUGACUCACAGUGGAUUCACCUGAUCAUCACACUGCAGAUACAACAAGGGACGAAACAAACUAAGGGAGACUCCAGAGACACGAUGGCCACUGAAGAGAAUCCGACACAGGUGGGAGCUGUCGUGCUGACUCCUCCAGCCACCGGGAGCAGAACCAGCAGAGACGCCAACGACAGCCAGGAAGUACGACUUUACUGUGACCAACUGCUUCAGUCCAAACAGAGGAGCAGCCCUUCCAUCCCCACAUACAGCAAGCUGUCAUGUGACAGUGGGAAAGGGGCGACCUUGGACGAGGAAUACGUGUGUUUGGAUUACAACUCCAAACUCUUGAGUGCAGAGGAGAAACUUUGUCCAGAGCUGAACGCUGGCAAGAGAAUUAAAGGAAUGACUAACACAGCUAGUUCGAUUCCUGGGAAAAGUUUGGAGGGGUGUCAGCUGGACGCCCCGGGAGAAGGUGUGGAUGCAGGUGGAAACAGAACUGGCAGCCCUCGCUGCUCCUGCACUGUGUCGAACCUUCACGCCAGCAGCCCCAGAUCCACUCCGAGCCCCAACUCCAGCCCGGCUCACAGUCCUCACCUCAGCUCCAGACCCUCCAGGCCCAACCAGAGACACCUCCGCCGCAGCAGCCUGCCUGUGUCCAUGCUGCCUUUCUCCAAGACAUCACCUUACCUCUCAUCACAGGGCAGCCCCUCCAGUGAACCAGCCUCGUUGUCAUCAUCCCCCUGUGGCUUCCCGCUCUCCCACCACAACCACCAGCAUCGCCAAAACGGACACAUCCGCCGGCACCAUCUCAAAGACGGCUACUCAAGUUUGGAGCGGCUCAACAGGAGGCCCCGGGUCAACAAAUGCUCCCUGGAGAAGAUGUUCCGGCGACGGGCAUCUCUGGAAGCCAUGACGGCUGCUUUGGGGCACGUGGAGAGUCCGCCCGCAGGAGGGAUGAGGCACUGCAGCGUGGGGAGCAGCAGUGAGGAGGAGGACGGAGAGGCCUCCUUAGAGAACACGGACUUUGUGAGGAACCGUAAAGAGCGUUCCACCGUCCUGGUGAGGCGGUUCUUCAAGAAUAACCAGAAGGUGACCAAGUCGGUGUGUACUGGAACCAGAGCGAUUGUAAGGACGCUGCCGUCGGGACACAUCUCCGAGGAGGUGUGGGAGCUGGUGGUUCACCGCAGGAUGUGUCGACCCAGCAAAAAGGAGAUCCGGCCAAUCCUAACGCGUGGCAUGGGAGAGGAGCUCCGAGUCUGCAGGGACGUGCUGCGCUUGGUCCGGGUCAAACCACAGCAGGUUACCAGCUGUGUGCAGGACCGAGAGGAGCUCAACCUGAUUCAUCCCGCCAAGAAGCUCCUGCUGUCUCUCCCUGGACGCGUGUGUCUCCGUGUGUCUCAUUGGCCGUCGCACACCGCCGGCGCCAACCAAGCCGGACCCGAUCUGAACUCCUGUCUCAAUCCCCGGUGUUGUCGUCCUUCUCAGCCACUUCGGUUUUAUCGCUCGUGUGGCCAGAGGACGUCCGUGUGCUCCCUGCUGACCGGGGCCCUCCUGGAGGCCACAGCCGCCCUCGGGGCCCGCUCCGCCCUGCCCUUCCCUCCGCCUCAGGGUGCCACCAGCCACGGCGUGCUGAAAGAGCGUCAGCUGGCCACCAGUAUGACCAGCAGCAGCACUCUCCCUCCCAGCGUCAGCGGGAUCAGCAAGGAGCUGACGGAGCUGCGGCACGUCGUGCAGUUCCCUGAGGAGAUCGCCUGUCUCCUCACCGAGCAGGAGCAGCAGCUCUACCAGCGGGUCUUUCCCCUGGACUACCUCUGCUUCCUCACCCGAGACCUGGGCAGUCCCGAGUCUCAAACUAAACGCCACCCGAGCCUCAAGCCGUCGCUGUCGGCGCCCGCCACGCCUACCCAGAGUGCUCAGCGGUGCAACGCCGUGGAGGACCUGGUGACACGAUUCAACGAGGUGAGCUCCUGGGUGACCUGGCUCGUCCUGACUGCAGGCUCCAUGGAGGAGAAGAGGGAGGUCUUCUCCUACCUGGUCCACGUCGCUAAGUGCUGCUGGAACAUGGGGAACUACAACGGCGUCAUGGAGUUCCUGGCAGGACUCAGGUCUCGUAAGGUGCUGAAGAUGUGGCAGUUCAUGGACCAGUCAGACAUCGACACCAUGAGGAGCUUGAAGGACGCCAUGGCUCAGCACGAGUCCUCGUCUGAGUACAAGAAGGUUGUGACCAGGGCUCUGAAUAUCCCAGGGUGCAAGGUUGUCCCAUUCUGUGGGGUUUUCCUGAAGGAGCUGAGUGACGCGUUAGACGGGACAGCAAGCAUCAUCAGCCUGAAACCACCUGCAGACAAGACAGAGGGCGCUAUAGAGUUUGUGUCCGACUACAGCGGCCAGCACAACUUCAUGUCCCGGUCCGGUCCCAACGGUCUGCACGUCCCAGAGAAGGAAGCUACCGUCAGCAACAUCCUGCAGAUCAUCAGAUCUUGUAAUCGCAGCCUGGAAGCCGAGGAUCCCGACGAGGCGUCCACCAGUCCCUCGUCCACGGGCCCGUCCCCUGCGUCCAGGAGCAACUCGUUCAGGGACCGCUGCCACAACCAAUUCAUGGUCGGGGACUUGUCCGACUCAGAUGGCGACCUGUCGUCUGAGCCGGUGGGGAAGGAGGUGGAGUUCCAGGGAACAGAGGAAACACACCGAGCUUUCAGCCACGGCACCGAGCUCAUUCCCUGGUACGUCUUGUCGCUACAACCAGACGUCCAGCAGUUCCUGCUGCAGGGGGCCACAGUCAUCCACUACGACCAGGACAGCCACCUCAGCGCCCGUUGUCUGCUGCGCCUGCAGCCUGACAACACAACCCUCACCUGGGGUAACCCUCAGAGCGGAGGAGCCCCCCCUCCGGAGCAGCCACUGGGAUUAGGACAGACGGUGGUGGCGGGACUGGCUGAAGGUCUGCUGGACCUGGGAGUGGUGAAGGCGGUGUUCCUGGGUCACCAGGGGGUGGACGUGCACGCCGUGUGUUUGCAGAACAAGCUGAGUCACAUGACGGUGGAGGAGAACGGCCUCAGCCUCCUCUACGGCCUCAGCACCACUGACAACAGGCUCCUGCACUUUGUGGCCCCCAAUCACACGGCUCAGGUUCUGCACAAGGGCCUAUCAGAGCUGGUGAACGCAACCAGGAAGUUGAAGAAGUUUCCCGACCAGCGGCUGCAGUGGCUGCGGAGGCAAUAUAUCAGUCUGUAUCAGGAGGAGGGCCGGUACGAGGGCCCCACGCUGGCCCAGGCCAUCGAGCUGUUCGGGGGCCGCAGGUGGAACAUGAGCACCGGUGGAGCGGAGAAAGCUGGAGCCCAGAAAAACAGCCCGCUCAGCAUGAACGAGAAGGCCAAGAAGAAGAAGAAGGUCCUCGUCAGGGGAGACAGUGGGGACGCCACAGAUGACGAGAUGGUUUCCAGGAAAACACGGAGCUGCAAGGAGGGACUGUACCGGAACGGGCUGGAGUCCGACAGCAUCGACCAAGAGGAUCCAGACGACAACUUCCCUGGACCCUUCUCCCUCUCAUCCAAUAAGAGCCCGGGAUUGCUUGCCUCUUCCUCGUCCUCCUCCUCUUCCUCCAGCAUGGCGGGGUCCAACCCGUCCCGUCCACAAUCCUCUCCGGUCCUUUCAGGAACCGUCAAGUCGCAGCCAGGGACGUGGAGCAGCCGGUCGUGGCACGGCCGAGGAAAAGGCUGUUUCCGAGGGUUCCAGAACCUCAUGAUUUCUGACAGCACCAUGAGCUUCAUCGAGUUUGUUGAGCUCUUCAAAUCAUUCAGUAUCCGGAGCAGGAAGGACCUGAAGGAGCUGUUUGACACCUUCGCUGUCCCCUGCAGUCGAUCGAGUCCAGAAUCCGCUCCUCUCUACACCAACCUCAGGAUAGACGACAGAGACACUGGGCUGCAGCCGGACCUUGACUUACUGACCCGCAACGGCUCUGAUCUCGGCCUGUUCAUCCGGACCAGGCAGCAGAUGUCGGACAACCAGAAGCAGAUCUCGGACGCCAUCGCGGCAGCCAGCAUCGUGACCAACGGGACGGGCGUGGAGAACGCAUCACUGGGUGUACUGGGAUUGGCCAUCCCCCAGCUCAAUGACUUUUUGGUCAACUGUCAGAGAGAUCACCUGAGCUACGACGAGAUCCUCAGCAUUAUACAGAAAUUUGAGCCCUCGUCAAGCAUGAGGCAAAUGGGCUGGAUGUCCUUUGAAGGUUUUGCAAGAUACCUGAUGGACAAGGACAACGUUGCGUCUCGGAAUGAAGAAUCUCAAAUGAACCCGGAGGAGCUGCAGUAUCCUCUGUCCUACUACUACAUCGAGUCCUCUCACAACACGUACCUGACGGGUCACCAGCUGAAGGGAGAGUCCUCUGUGGAGCUGUACAGUCAGGUGCUGCUGCAAGGCUGCAGGAGCGUUGAGUUGGACUGCUGGGAUGGAGAUGACGGCAUGCCGGUUAUUUACCACGGACACACACUCACCACUAAAAUACCCUUCAAGGAUGUGGUGGAAGCCAUCAACCGGGCUGCGUUCGUCAUUUCGGACAUGCCCGUCGUCCUGUCCAUCGAGAACCACUGCUCGCUGCCUCAGCAACGCAAGAUGGCGGAGAUCUUCAAGACGGUGUUCGGGGAACGUCUGGUGACGCGCUUCCUCUUCGAGAGCGACUUCAGCGACGACCCUCACCUGCCGUCGCCGCUGCAGCUGCGGGGGAGGAUCCUCCUGAAGAACAAGAAGCUGAAAGCCCACCAGGCCCCGGUGGACAUCCUCAAACAGAAGGCUCACCAGCUCGCCCACAUGCAGGCUCAGGCCAGCAACGGCUCCCCGGGGGUCACAUCACCUGGGAGCCACGCCAACGAGGAGGAGGAAGAGGAAGAAGACGAGUACGACUACGACUAUGAGUCUCUAUCAGAUGCUGAUGUCCUCACAGCCUCUACUGCCUCCUAUGGCCUGGAAGAUAACAUCCUGGAUGACAAGCCCGAGGGGAAGAGCCCAGCAGACAAAGAGGAGCAGCCUGUUGAUGAAAUCCCAAAGAGGAUGAAGAAGACUGACAGCACCACGCAGAGCAAAGGAAAGGUGUUUGACAUGGAGCUGGGGGAGGAGUUCUACCUUCCUCAGAACAAGAAGGAGAGUCGACAGAUCGCCCAGGAGCUGUCCGACCUCGUCAUCUACUGCCAGGCUGUGAAAUUCCCGGGCCUGUCCACGCUGUCUCCGGCCGGCUCCGGCAGAGGGAAGGACCGGGGGAAGAGCAGGAAGUCCAUAUUUGGCACCGCUCCGGCUCGCUGCGGCAUAACGGGGGAGGUCACGGCCCAGAGCCGCACCCCUGGGAAAGGUGGCGCUGACCGGCUCAGCUGGGAGGAGCAUCAGCAGACGUCGCCCACCCUCAACCCCCCCACCUCCCUCAGCGCCAUCAUCCGCACGCCCAAGUGCUACCACGUCUCCUCCGUCAACGAGAACGCCGCCAAGCGCCUAUACCGGCGCUACUCCCAGAAGCUGAUCCACCACACGGCGUGCCAGCUGCUCCGGACGUACCCCGCUGCCACCAGGAUCGACUCCACCAACCCCAACCCGCUGCUCUUCUGGCUGCACGGCAUCCAGCUGGUGGCGCUCAACUACCAGACCGACGAUCUGCCCAUGCAGUUGAACACAGCGCUGUUCGAGGCCAACGGCGGCUGUGGCUAUGUCCUGAAGCCGGCGGUGCUGUGGGACCGCAGCUGUUUGCUCUAUCAGCAGUUCUGUCCGAUGGAUAGAGACGUGGAGAAGAUGAGCCCGGCGGUCUAUUCCCUCACCAUUGUCUCUGGUCAGAACGUGUGUCCCGGGAACAGCGCCGGCAGCCCCUGCAUCGAGGUGGACGUCCUGGGCAUGCCCGUGGACAGCUGCCACUUCCGCACCAAACCCAUCCACCGCAACACGCUCAACCCCAUGUGGAGCGAGCACUUCCAGUUCACCGUGCACUUUGAGGACAUGUGCUUCCUGCGCGUCGCUGUGGUGGAGAACAACAGCUCCCAGACCACGGCUCAGAGGACCCUGCCCCUGAAAGCCCUCAAACCAGGUUAUAGACACGUCCAGUUGAGGACACAGCACAACGAGCAACUUGAGGUUUCCGGCUUACUCAUCUACAGCCGCAGGAUAGAGGAGGGGCCAACAGGGGGCGCCACUCCCUCAUCCCUGCUGUUCAGCUCGGAGGAGAAACAUGCGUCCCAGCCGCACCGGGUGACGGUGCACGGAGCUCCUGGUCCGGAGCCCUUCACCGUGUUCUGUGUCACCGAGCAGACCACCGCCAAGCAGCUGCUGGACACGGUUGUGGCAUCCUCUGGGAAUCCGUCCGAUUACUUCCUGUGUGAGGAGCGGGCCCCUCUGUUGAAGGAGCGCAGUGAGGUGAAGCGCUGUGCCCAGCAGCGCCCCCUGGCUCCGGAGGAGGAGGUGGUCCGACUGGUCUCCAGCUGGAGCACGGAGGACGGAUACGUGGGGAGGAUCUACCUCAAAACCAGAGAGGAGAACUUGAACGAGCUGAACACGGUGCUGGACGGAGAGGAGGAGGUGACUGUGGGGAGCAGAGAAGGAGGAGGAGGAGGAGGCGCAGGAGAGGAAGACAUGUUCUUUGUUCAGGUUCAUGAAGUUUCUCCAGAACAGCCGCACACUGUGAUCAAGGCCCCGCGCUACAGCACCGCUCAGGACAUCAUCCAGCAGUCUCUGUCGAAGGCCAAGUAUUCCUACAGCAUCGUCUCCAACCCCAACCCGUGUGACUACGUCCUGAUGGAGGAGGUGACCAAGGACGUGAGCUCUAAGAAGUCCUCGGCCUCCAAGCCGCUGCAGCGCGUGCUGCUGGAUCACGAGUGCGUCUUCCAGGCGCAGAGUCGCUGGCGCGGAGCGGGACGCUUCAUUCUUAAGCUCAAGGAGCAGGUGUCUCGGGAGGACAAGAAGAAAGUCAUGUCCUUCGCCAGCGAGCUGAAGAAGCUGACCAGCCGCAGCCGCAGCAUGACCACGGGCAGCGCAGUGGACGGCCCGGCCCAGAGGUACAUGUCUGCAGCUGCAGGUCUGAGGGCGUGGGUGGCCGAGGGCCGGGUGGGGGCCGGGAGGUUCCUGCAGUCCUCCUCCUCCUCCUUCAGGGGGCAGUUCCCACCUAUUCAUCUGCCAGCCUCGACCCUGACCCCCCUCGUCUGGAAGCUUCACCUCCUCAGGAACUGGAAGAUCCACAAAUGAAGUCCAGAGCGAGAGAGAGACACUUCUAAACUUGGAGAUUUCACCCCCCCCCCUCCCUUUUGCAGGAGAGGCAGUGGUUCCGGUGAGUCGGACUCGGCCUCUCGGGGGACGGGGUUUGAGCCGUGCCCCGGUGACGGGUCAGGCUGCGGCUGAGCAGCCACUUUGAUUGGUUGGACGAUGGAGAGGAGUUUGUGGCGUCGUGGGGGGGGGGGCGGAGAGGCUCUGGCUCAUCUUGGUAUUAUUGCUUGUUGUGCGGCUGCAUGUUUGGAGUCCAGGAGCUGAAAAGCCGUUUGUGCAAAUAGCUUCUCUGAGAUAUCUUUUAGUUUGGACGACAUUGAAAUGCAUGUUGUGCGUUAUUACAACACAACGUGUCGGGUUUACCUUCCCUGUCCGUGGCCGCUGAGGAGCCCUGACUCAAGGCCCUCAUACGUAUUCAUGAAGACGUUUGAACAACAACAGCCCCAGGAAGUAAAGGAUGGUGGGAGUCAUUAAAUGAAAUCCACUUACUUCUCUGCUCGGGGAAGACAAAUACAAAAAACCCAGUGCAGGUAUUUAAGUGUGAAAACACCAAAGUGAGAAAAUCUAUAUCUUAUUUUGUCGUCCAAACACGAAGUCUCUGAGACUUUAUUUGUGCGAAUGGAUUUCCUACGAACCAGAGUAGCAGCUGCUCGUGUUGGAGCCGUAUCGGGGGUGCAUGAUUCUGAAAUGAACGGGAGGAAUUUGACUUCCCUCAGUUUGCUUUCUGAAGAGCCUUUUAUUUUCCAUCUCCCCCCAAAAAAGACAGCACAGGACACAAAGUCCAAACGGCCUCUGGGUUGAAGGAGUUGAUUCAGGGAGAAUUCUAUUGAAUGGUCUGUUUUCCUCAAAGGGCUGCGGUUUGUAAUCAGAGGAAUAAAACCUCUAUAUUAGUUUAUAUUUUAUGUUCCUGGCUUCCCCUGAAAGAAAGCACCCGGCAGAUGGAGGGAGAUCUGCUGAGGGAUGAAAGGAAGUCGUGAAGGAGUCCGACAAGCUGGCUUGUUCGAUUCCUUUCUUACUGUUCCAGUUUCCCAGUACUGUACUGUACUGGGACGGGGCGGUGCAGACUCCCAUCGCUCACAGGAGGACGCAGCCGAGCGAGAUGUUCUCAUGUUUAUUCAGAUACUCAGCGACGUGACCGUCUCCGGCCCACAAUGCAUCGCAGCAUAUUUUCUGUAAGGCAGUGUGGAUGUGCACGGUUCACUUGUGCAGAGGAAACUGUGGAUCAACUUUUAAUCACAGUUGUUGGUAAAGUUUUUCUUCUGCGUUUCCUCAAAAUGUAAAAAACGCUGCCUUGAACUUUUGCUCAUUUUCUGGCUGUUUCUCUGACGAAGGUCUUUGAACUUUAGUGCCACCGUCACGUCCACGUUAUUUCAACAAACUUCUUAUCGUCUUAGCAUCAGAACUAAGUAAUAGAAAAAAUUAAGAAAACAACUUUUUUUAUAUAGAAAUGCUUCGUGUAACAAGGACGGUGAAAUACGGUAUACGAGGGUUGGCACCUUCAUUCUAACUUUUCAACGAAAUAGAAAAAUUCAAAAUACACAAUAAAUUAUGAUAAUUACUAUUUGUUCAAUGAGGUUCGAUACUUUCAAAGACUUUGAGGAAAAACAUCUCAAGCUGAUUUUUAGAGAAACGCAACCUUUUCUUCUGCAAACAGCAUUUUGCACAUUUCGUUUUCCUCUUGCUGUUUUUCUUCAGUGUUACUUUUUGACAGACACAUGAUUGUUAUGAUUUUUUUUUUUUUAUUUAGUCUUCAUCAUUGUAUUUAUUCCUUUUUUUGGGGCCAGUUGUGAAAUUCAUUUUGAAGGCACAAGUAGAUAUUUGGGCAGUUUUUUUCUUUAAUUAAUCUUUAUCUGAUUAACUCGUCUGAGCCCAAACUUCCCCUCAACACAAUGAUUUGAAUUGAAUUGAUCUCCAUCGGCCCAGAUGUCCUGUUCUUGAUUCAGCUCGCAGCAUCUUUAUAGAUCACUAAUACUGAUCGAUUUGUCAUAGAUGAUGAUUGUAGAGCUCAUUUUUUACUCACUGUUCAUUUCAGUUUUCUUUGAAACUGUUGUAAAACUUGAUUUAUUUGGGGCCACUUUUCCCAAUUUGUUCUGUUUUGACUUGUAAAAUGUCCAUAUUUUAAAAUGUGUGUUUUUUCUAAAGACCUUUCCUCUGUUUCUCAUGCGUCUUAGUUCAGAUCUUCCGAAGAAACUAACACUUUACAUUCAAAGUCAAAUGUGGACAGGAGGAGAAGGCCUGACUAGAUUAAUAUGGCAUUUCCACAGCUACUCUACUACACUGACAACUCUCACAUGAUUCUCAAAUUAACUCUGAAAAACGAAUUUCUUGUGAGUUGUGUAACUCAAACUUGCUAAAAGCAACACCUCGAUCAGAAUGUGUUGUGCUUUCGUCAAUUUCCUCCUUUAUUUCUCACCCAUUCCAAAAAUGUUUCAUUCAUUUAAAACCUUCUCAAACCUCCAGGUAGUAAACAACUCAGCUAUUUAAAAUGCAGGAAAUAGAAUUUGAAAUGUGGGACUUUUAUUUUAUUGGCAGAAAUGUGGCCACAGUCCAUGAGGAUGGAAACGAAUUGGACUUUCUGUGCUUCUUAGCUUUAUUUGUCUUUGCUCAGUGCCGAGUCACGUUAGAAUUUUAGUGCAAUAGUGAAGUUCUGUCACUUCAACUCUUGAAGGUUUUAUCGUCUUGACGUCACUGAUGUGUUUUAACUCUAAUUCUUUAUUCCUGAUCCCGACUCGGUUCUUUGAACGAGUCGAAUCUGACAAAACUCACGCACAAAGAUUUCCCUGCUGGUCCCGAGGCAGCAGGACGAGCCCUGAACGGAACUGAAGUGAGAUCAGAUUCUGUCGUCACUGUUAUCAGGAAGAAAACAUGUAGAAAUGUCCUAAUGCACAACAAAAAGAUUGUACUAUAGAAACUGGUGAUUAUCUAGAACUAACCAGUGAUGUGUCUGUACACGCGUGUGAAGUCCACGAUGACUUCGAACAGGAAGGGAUGUUUUCUGUCACAUGUCUGAUUCCUCUGCUUCAUCCCAUCCUCACGUUCUGUUUCCCUCCCCUCUAACCUGUAGACCUCAUUUUCUGAAUGUAACAUGUUCUUAACGUGUUGAACCUGAGACACGUGUGUGUGUGUGUUGGAUGUUAUUUAUUUGAAUGUGAAGCCCUGGUUGGCAUUUCUCUGUUGUUGUUGUUGUUGUUUAUGUAUAAUUUCCUGUAAGCAGUUUUUUUUUUAUUUAUUUCAGUCCGAGAGAGGAUAAACUCUCCACUGCCCUAAUUUGACUAAAAUGUAUUUAGAAAUGUAAUAUAAAUAUUAAGCAAUAUUUGACUUAAUGUGUAAAAUAUUCAGUGCAGUAUUCUUGUGUCUGGCAUGGUAGACUGCAGUACACAGCAGCAUCCCUUUACGCCUUUAGGUCAUGCCUUGAUGAUUUGGGUGUAUUCUGUAUAUCCACUGAAUAUGACGUGUGUUAGCACUCUGUUGUUUCCAGGACAUGUGACCUAUACCCUCUAAUAUCCACUGUCCACGCUGUGAUGGGGCUGUCACGUGAACAUUUGUCUAUUUACUUGAAUUUUUCAAUGGAUUAUAGUCGGUGGAUUUGUUGUGUACCAGGAUCAUAAUAAAAACACAAAUAGGUAA